AUGCUUCAGGUCAGGCAAUACCAGGCCAAAGAUUGUGCGCACCGUCAGGAUGGCGUUUUCAAAUGGACAAAUGUUAGUUUUUCCCAGCCGGAUAUAAUGCAAAAACUGACGGAGCGCAUAGACGACCUGAAGCAAAGAAUCGCUGCUUGGGGAAAGCGGAUUCGGCGAUAUACCGAGAGGUCGACACGGUUCAAACAGAAUCGUCUCUUCCAGAGUGAUCAGAAGAGGCUCUAUAAAUCAUUGGAGCGACCAAUGGUAAGUGGAACGGACCCAGAACCAAAUCAGGCCGACACGGUCGCAUUUUGGCGCAACCUGUGGUCAGAGCUCGUAAACCACAACGAGGGCCCUUGA